AUGUCCUUAGGGAAAGUGCAGCCCCUCCCUAAGGGAGAAUGGAGGGAGCAGCGCAUGCAAUCCUUCCUGCAGCAGCAGCAGCAGCAGCAGCAGCAGCAGCAGCAAUCCUUUCGUGUUGUUUCCUUUAAUAUACUUGCUGAGGGAUAUGCGCAGACACCCCAAGCAGAUACAACAAUGUACCCUCAAUGUCCUGCACCUUAUAGGAGAUUUAAUCACAGGGCCCCUUUAUUGGCGAGGGAGUUGCUGCAACUAAACGGAGACAUUGUUUCUCUCGAAAACCCUAUGUUUGAGGAUCUUCGCGCAUCUCUUAACAGCAAAUGGCCAAAUCUCCUCGAGGAAAUAAUGCCUAAAUUGGCCUCUAUCUUUAGUUGGAGUGCGGAUGAUAUAAGCGAGGAUGGCGAAGUAGAAGAGAAUGGAGCAGCAGCAGCAGCAGCUGCUGCUGCUGCAGCACCAGAAUCAGGAGGAGCAGCAGCAGCAGGAAAAGGAGGAGGAGGAGAAGGAGAAGAGGGUUUAGAUUUAAAUCUUCCUGUGUCUGUACACCUAAAGAAUUGUUAUUCUUCUUCUUUUCUUCCUUUCUCUAAUUUUGCUGCAGACUUUUAUGCAACUCUUGAUCAUAUAUUUGUAUCUAAAAAUGUUAAGGUAAUAAGAACUCUUCCUGGUGUUAGUUUAGAUAGUGUAAAGAAAGAAGGGGGUUUAUUAUCUUCUUUCUUUCCUUCUGAUCAUUUACCUAUUGUUGCUGAUUUAAUUAUAGAUAAAUAA